AUGGCUAAACCAAACAAAUGUAUAUCAACAAUUGCGUUUGUCCGGAAUGAGGCUGACCUACUUGGGUGCCCGGUCUGGGUCAUGAUUAUCAAUAUAGUGGCACUAGAGAUGCUAGGGGACAAGAUGCCAAUAACAGAGUGUGAGAAGGUAUCAAGUUCACCGACCAGCUAUCAGAUACAAACUCUCAAGAGAACUGUCAACUCAUCAUCAGAUGAAGAUCCAUACUCUCUCACCGGAUCAUCCGGGUACUCUGGGAACUGUAGAGAUCCGGGUCCAUAUACUCCUAAUAUCCGGGCUACUACUAGACCGGAUGGAAGAAUAAAAGAAGAGAUUUAUCAAGAUCAACUUUUUUAUUCAACCAUGGCGCGGGAUUCCAGGCGGGAGAAGCAGAACAUCGGAGAUAUAGGUAAAUACAGGUCCUCACCCUACCCCCCUCUAUAUUUGUAA